AGAAAAUUCACUGGCCGCGAACAUCUCAUAGACUCGGUGAAGAGGCUUUGCAAGCCUAAUGGCCACAACCGGAUUGCUCUUCAUGGAUUAGGAGGCUCUGGGUAUGUAUUCACUAAUUAGGUAUGCAAAGGGUUUACUAACGUUGCUUAGGAAAACUCAGAUUGCCCUGGAGUACGUCUAUCAGUGUGCAAGCGAGAGCAACUGUAAUAUUUUCUGGGUGCAAGGAAGUGGUGUGUUACAGUAUAGGGAGGGAUAUAGGGCUAUUGCCCAACGUAUUCGAAUUCCUCUAGCGAGCGCUGAGACGGAAGAAGAGGGAUUCCUAUUGAGCAUCAAGAGGUGGUUUGAAGGUCCGGAAAGUGGUGAUUGGAUCGUGGUUAUUGACAACGCCGAUAACGACGAGGACUUCGCUGGCAAUAAGAGUCCUAUUGCUAAGUUCGUACCGCAAGGACCCAGGG